AUGGUGUUGCGUGCCUGCAAAAGACGUACCAAAAAUUUCACACUUACUGAAGAAAGAGAUUAUAGCACGAUUGGCCUGUACCAAUGUGCAACGAGUGAAGCAUCAACCAGCACAUCGUUUGGCCCACCAUUUUUCACUCUGCUCGAGCUGCCUGUUCCCUUAUUACACGAUAUCCUCUCAAGGCUCCCAUUGCUGGACAUACUCAAGUGCAGAUGCAUCUGCAAGACAUUCAUUAAACUCCUCAAGGAUCCUUAUUUCUCCAGAAUACAUCUCUCGAAUGCACCCACCUUGAGAACCAACCUCAUACUUCAGAAAAACAUCGGGACCCGAAGAAUCUUCGAGACUUUCACGUUUGACCUCAACGAGUCCACUGUAUCCUCGUGCAGAAGUAGUUUCGAUUGCGAAAAAAAUCUAAACAACACACGUCCCUCUAUCAGAAACGGGCUGCCGGAGCUAAGCAAAGUGAACUCCGAGUUCAGUUUCCGCGCAAACGGGCUUACUCUCAUCGGGUCGUGUAACGGGCUUCUGUGUUUCUACUGCGCUCGGCCACUGAGGCCCUUUUACAUGAUAUGCAAUCCUAUACUCGGCGAGCGACUGAAGCUUCCUCAGCUAGCCAAUCCGAGCGCGCUUUACACCUACGAGAACUCGUCAUCAUUUUUCGGUUACUGUGCAAGCACGAAAAGGUACAAGGUUGUUAGUUUCAUGUGGCUGAUUUUCACUGACAACUUACACUUUGAGUACUCGAAAGAAAUGGUUGCCUAUGUGCACACGCUCGGCUGGGGUUCAUGGAGAAGGGUCGACAACCCUACUUGUCCAAGAAAGAACUCACUUGAUCCCUUGCUGACCGACACUCUUCAUUGGAUAAAUGAUACUGAAAAGCCAUCCGAGAUCAUAGGCUCGUUCGACUUGGAAAGGGAAAAAUUCGGGUUCAUUUCGCCACCUGUCCAUUUCAAUUCACAGUACGUGAGCAAGUUGCCUUGGCUAAAUGUGAGUGUCCUCAGAGGCUGCCUAUGCAUUUUCUACAUGUACGAAGAUUCCCUGUUUGAUGUGUGGGUGAUGGGAGAGUAUGGAGUUAGGGAGUCGUGGACCAAAGAGUUCAGCAUCGACAUGAAAUUCUACUGCAGGUUGAGGGUCGAGGAUCUGUACAGGCCCGUGAAGCUUUUCGGGAAUGGGGAUUUGUGGUUUAUAUCUAGUUUGAAUUCUUUGGUGUGUUUCUGUCCUCGGAAAAGGACUUUCAAGGAACUGAGGUCGAUCAAGCCUUGGAAAUUCGAGUUAACAGCGCACGAUUUGAGUUUUGUGUCACUCAAGGAUGUCGUGGGAAAGAAAUAUCGGGAGGUGCAGAAUUUCAGGAUACGAAGGCGGGAAUUGAUGUUUGAUUUGUAG